UCAGAGCUGGAAGGAGUGAUCUGGUGUCUGCAGGCUUCACGCAGAAAGGACAACGAGGCCUCAGGAGGGACCUGCCCUCUUCAUCGUCUCCACAACACUCUUCAUCAAUACCAAAAGACCAUGAGCGCCCACGAGCACAACCACUCGCUGGACUACUUCAACGGCACCCCGUGGUUCGUCUACGAGUGCACCCUGGAGCUGGAUUCUUUGACCGACUACCGGCGCAUGGCCCUCUUCCUCAUUUACCUCUUCAUCUUCAUCGCGGGCCUGCUGGAGAACGCGCUGGUCGUCUGGGUCAACUGGCGCCGACGCCACUCGGCCAACGGGGUUCUCUUCUGCAUCAUCAACGUCAGCCUGUCGGACCUCAUGGUGAUCGUGAUCCUGCCCUUCUUCAUGAUGGAGGUGACCAUGGACAAGGUGUGGCUGUGGGGCCGUUUCCUCUGCAAGGUCACCAACCUGGUCUACGUGGUCAACUUCUACAGCAGCUCCUUCUUCCUGGCCUUCAUGACCCUGGAGCGCUACCUGUCCCUGACCCGGCCCUCGUUUCCCGCCUUCUUCCCCGUGCUGGGCCGGCGCCGCUGGGUGCUCUGCGGGGGCCUGUGGGCGCUCUCCUUGCUCCUGGCUCUGAUGGAGAACGUCCACGUGGAUCUCCUGGAGUGGGACGAGCCGGGCUGCUACAUGCUGCCCGCGCACAACUACACCGAAUGGUUCGUCUCGGUGACGUUCCUUUGCCUGAUCUUCCAGUUCGCGGGCCCCGCCGCCGUCAUCGUCACCUGCAACGUGCUGAUCGCCCGGGCGGUUUGGACGGCGCCGGACGUGCGGGGCCGGCGGGACGUGUGGCUGGUGCACGUGUACUCGCUGGUGUUCGUGGCGUGCUGGCUGCCCUACCACCUGGUCAUGUUGCUGAUGAUGAUAGACGACCUGAACCCGUUCCUCCUCAGCUGCGACACGGUGGAGGCCCUCUACUUCGCGAUCAGCGUGGUGCAGAGCCUGUCCCUGUUCCACUGCGUGGCCAACCCCAUCCUCUACAACUUCCUCAGCAAGAGCUUCCGCAGCAACCUGAUCAACACCGUGGUGACGUACAUCCCCAGGGAGGGAGCCGCGGAGCAGGCGGGAGCUGGGACCGAGCCCCGCGCUCCCAACGGAGGCGGGGGAGACGCCGGGAAGCAACGCAAGUUAAGUAACGCCAGCACCAGCCAGUCUGAUGUUGGAUCAAAAAAAAAAAAAAAAGAAGGAAAAAAAAGAAACUGAGAUAAGAAAAGAGAGAGAGAGCGACAGGAGCGAGACGGAGCUGAAUCCAGUCUUUGUGCUUCAGAAUACCGGAGGCUUAGAUUGCACAACAUCUCUACUCUGGUAGUGUUUGUUACGUAACAGAGGGGCUCACAAACACCUUCCUCUCAUAAUCCACUUCCUGUUUUAUAUCAUGUAUCUGAUCAUCAACGGAAGAAAGGCAGGAAAUGUUUGAUGCGCUCCCACAGGAACUCAUGGUAAACCUUUAUCUCAUGGCACAGAAGAAUAGUGCCACACCAGGAAUGUGUGUAAAUAAAAAAUAAAUGUGCGGUCCGUCCAGUGCCGCAUAAGAGCAAUCCUCAUAGCCACAUAAACGUCAUCACAAAUCUAACAGAUAAAUCCUAAUUCACGUUACUAAAUGCUUAUCUGUUCCUAGAUGCCGCUGUAGUCUACAUGUGCUGUAACAUGUUUGAAAUGCAAUAAAAC